UUUUGGUCACGGUUGAAAGUUUCUCUAUAAGCAUCGAAACAACGAUCGCUCACGCGCUCAUUGUGCGAGUAGCCUUCGGUCUGCAUAUCCAAAUACCUCCAACACAACGGUGGAUCCGAUACAGUGAAAUACUUACCAAAAAAGGAACAGUAUCUUGUGUGCUGCAUUUAAACUGUAUAUAACCACCGGCUUCUUUUAGCAGCUACCACUGCGGCCAAUGGCAGCGGCACAAGAGUUGGAGAUGCAGUCUUUUCACUGGCACAACACGGAGCUCGACGACCACAACUUCGAAAUCCGAGGACGUAUCCUCUACUUCUUCGUCGUUCUAUCCGCCGUCGUCUUGCUCGUCGCUCUCUUCCUCCUUUACUCUCGCUGGCUCUGUCGUUUAAUCCAGCCCUCCCUCGCCAACGCACCUGACGCGCCUCCAUCCUUGUCCCAGGGCCUCGACCCGACGACAAUUAACGCGUUGCCGAUCAUCAUGCACCGCUUGAAGUCUACGCCAGAUGUUAAUACGGUUGGAGAUGAAGAGAAUGAGUGUUGUAUUUGUCUCGGGGAGUUUGAAGAUGGCGAUAAGCUUAAGAUUUUGCCAAAAUGUCGACAUUUUUAUCACGGUGAGUGUGUUGACAGAUGGCUGAGUACUCAGUCGAGUUGUCCACUUUGUAGGAACUCUCUCCGGGUUGACUCAGUUGUCCCUUCACCCAUCUCACAGUGAUCACAAACGACAAGUUCGACGGGAACAAAAACGACACUAUAGACCAUUCUCGAGGCUACAUUUCUUUCUUUCUUCUUCUUUUUUUUUUUUUUGUUAAUUAUGUAUUUUUAUUUUGAAUGGCUGCAUUAUACAUUGUUAAUAUUUAUUUUUCCCUUUACUCAAAAAUAUUUACAAUUGUUAUUGUUAAUUUAUGCAGAAUUAGAUCCAAAGUUACAAUCUGAAAAUCAAUGUUCACGGGCUAA